UGUUAUUGUUGCAAAUAAUUGAAAAGUUAGUCGGAUUUUGGAUUAAUUAAUUGCGGAUACUGGCCAACUGGAUCAGAGAAGAAAUUUGGACCUGUUGGAAUUAUGUGAAUUGAGGCUUCCACAAUUACGCUAAGAACCCAUCAUGUUUUCCAUGUGCAAGCAAACACACGCCGCAACCGCGGUGGAAUUUUCCAUCUCGUGCCGCUUCUUCAACAACCAAGAAGAGAAUCUUGUUGUUGCCGGCGCCAAUGUUUUGAAGGUGUACCGCAUUGCACCCAACGUGGAGGCUAGUCAGCGGCAAAAGUUGAAUCCAAGCGAGAUGAGAGUCGCCCCAAAGAUGCGUCUCGAGUGCCUGGCUACAUAUUCUUUGUAUGGCAAUGUGAUGUCUCUGCAGUGUGUCUCCUUGGCAGGGGCAGGCGCCAUGAGAGACGCUUUGCUAGUCAGCUUCAAGGAUGCCAAAUUGUCCGUGCUGCAGCACGAUCCGGACACUUAUGCCCUGAAGACGCUUUCCCUCCACUACUUUGAGGAGGAGGAUAUUCGCGGAGGUUGGACGGGACGUUACUAUGUACCCGAGGUUCGAGUAGAUCCGGAUGCUCGUUGCGCUGUGAUGCUGAUCUAUGGCAAGCGUUUGGUGGUGCUUCCCUUCCGCAAGGACAACAGUCUGGACGAGAUUGAGCUGGCGGAUGUGAAGCCCAUCAAAAAAGCACCCACAGCCUUGGUGACGAGGACUCCAAUUAUGGCUUCAUAUCUAAUAGCCCUCAGGGAUUUGGAUGAAAAAAUCGAUAAUGUCCUUGAUAUACAGUUCCUGCAUGGAUAUUAUGAACCCACGCUCCUCAUCCUCUAUGAGCCUGUGCGCACGUGUGCAGGUCGUAUAAAGGUACGCUCCGACACCUGUGUUCUGGUGGCAAUUUCCCUAAACAUUCAGCAGCGCGUCCAUCCGAUCAUUUGGACAGUGAACAAUCUGCCCUUCGACUGCCUCCGCUUGUUGCCCAUACAGAAGCCCAUUGGCGGCUGUCUAGUGAUGACAGUGAACGCCGUGAUCUAUCUCAAUCAAAGUGUUCCACCCUAUGGCGUCAGCUUGAACAGUUCUGCAGACAAUUCCACAAGUUUUCCACUAAAGCCUCAGGAUGGCGUCCGCAUCAGCUUGGAUUGUGCGAAUUUUGCUUUCAUCGAUGUUGACAAAUUGGUGGUGUCCUUACGGACGGGAGAUCUUUAUGUGCUGACACUGUGCGUGGAUUCGAUGCGAACUGUGAGGAAUUUCCAUUUCCAUAAGGCAGCCUCUAGUGUGUUGACCAGUUGCAUCUGUGUGUGCCACAUGGAAUAUAUAUUCUUGGGAUCCCGACUGGGCAAUUCCCUGCUGCUGCAUUUUACGGAGGAGGAUCAGAGCACAGUAAUCACACUGGACGAUGUGGAACAGCAACAGCAGCAGCAAGCCGCGGAGGAGCCCUCAGAAGAGGCAGAGAUCGAAGGCAUUCUGGACAUGGAUCAAUUAGAGGCUGCAACAUCUGCUCCGUCGCAGGCAAAGUCUCGUCGCAUAGAGGAUGAAGAAUUAGAGGUCUACGGCACAGGAGCCAAGGCAUCUGUUCUCCAGUUACGUAAAUUCGUCUUUGAGGUCUGCGACAGUCUGAUCAAUGUGGCACCGAUCAAUUAUAUGUGUGCCGGGGAGCGCGUGGAAUUCGAAGAGGACGGCACAACGCUGCGUCCUCAUGCUGAAUCUUUGCAGGAUGUGAAAAUCGAAUUAGUCGCGGCAACGGGGCACAGUAAAAAUGGAGCUCUGUCCGUUUUUGUUAAUUGCAUUAACCCCCAGAUCAUCACCAGCUUUGAGCUGGAAGGUUGCCUCGAUGUUUGGACAGUGUUCGAUGAUGCCACCAAGAAAACGAGUCGUCAGGAUCAACAUGACUUUAUGUUGCUGUCGCAAAAGAAUUCCACUUUGGUUCUGCAGACGGGCCAGGAAAUCAAUGAAAUUGAGAAUACUGGAUUUACGGUCAACCAGGCCACGAUCUUUGUGGGCAAUCUUGGACAGAAUCGAUUCAUAGUCCAAGUGACCACGCGGCACGUUCGGCUGCUGCAGGGCACGCGGCUGGUGCAAAACGUUCCCAUUGAUGUCGGCUCGCCGGUGGUCCAAGUGGCCAUAGCUGAUCCCUAUGUCUGUCUGCGGGUCUUCAAUGGUCAGGUGAUAACACUGGCUUUGCGCGAGAGCCGCGGCACUCCUCGACUGGCCAUCAAUAAGCAUACAAUCAGCAGUUCACCAGCAGUUGUGGCCAUAGCCGCAUACAAAGAUCUCUCCGGAUUAUUUACGGUGAAAAGUGACGACAUCUUAAAUCUAACUGGAAGUGGAUCGAACAGUGCGUUUGGCUCCACUUUCGGAGGUUACAUGAAAAGCGAGCCGCAUAUGAAAGUGGAAGAUGAGGAAGAUCUACUGUACGGCGAUGCAGGAAAUGCCUUCAAAAUGAACACCAUGGCCGAUCUGGCCAAGCAAUCGAAGCAGAAGAAUUCCGACUGGUGGCGUCGCAUGCUUGUCCAGGCGGCAAAGCCCACCUACUGGCUUGUGGUAGCUCGACAGAGUGGUACCUUGGAAAUUUACUCUAUGCCGGACAUGAAGCUGGUCUAUCUCGUCAACGAUGUGGGCAACGGGGCUAUGGUCUUGACGGAUGCCAUGGAAUUUGUUCCCAUUUCACUAACCUCCCAGGAAAACUCCAAGGCUGGCAUCGUCCAGUCCUGUAUGCCACAGCACGCGAACUCGCCGUUGCCCUUGGAAUUAUCUCUAGUGGGAUUGGGCUUAAAUGGUGAGCGGCCGUUGCUCUUGGUGCGAACACGUCUGGAGCUCCUCAUUUAUCAGGUGUUUCGGUAUCCCAAGGGCCACUUGAAAAUACGUUUUCGUAAGAUGGACCAGUUGAAUCUGCUUGAUCAGCAGCCGACGCAUGUAAAUCUCGACGAUAAUGAGGAGAACGAGGAAUUGGAGUCGUAUAAUAUGCAACCAAAGUAUGUCCAAAAGCUAAGGCCGUUCAACAAUGUCGGCGGCAUGUCAGGUGUGAUGAUCUGUGGGGUGAAUCCCUGCUUUCUUUUCCUAACUUCUCGAGGCGAAUUACGGAUCCAUCGACUUCUUGGUAAUGGCGAAGUGCGCAGCUUUGCUGCAUUCAAUAACAUCAACAUACCGAAUGGGUUCCUCUUCUUCGACACGACUUUUGAGCUGAAGAUCUCCGUGUUGCCCAGUUAUCUCAGUUACGACUCAACGUGGCCUGUGCGCAAGGUGCCUCUGCGGUGUACUCCCCGACAAUUGGUCUACCACCGCGAGAAUCGGGUGUAUUGUUUGAUCACCCAGACCGAGGAACCAAUGACCAAGUUUUAUCGCUUCAAUGGCGAGGACAAGGAAUUGUCCGAGGAAAGUCGCGGAGAAAGAUUUAUCUAUCCAAUUGGCUCUCAAUUUGACAUGGUUCUUAUCUCACCAGAAACUUGGGAAAUAGUGCCAGACGCGUCAAUUCGGUUUGAGCCGUGGGAACACGUUACUGCUUUUAAGAUCGUGAAACUUUCGUAUGAGGGCACUCGCUCGGGUCUCAAGGAGUACCUUUGUAUUGGCACCAACUUCAAUUACAGCGAGGAUAUUACAAGUCGCGGCAAUAUCCACAUCUACGACAUCAUCGAAGUGGUUCCCGAGCCGGGCAAACCCAUGACCAAAUUCAAAUUAAAGGAAGUAUUCAAGAAAGAACAGAAGGGUCCAGUUUCCGCCAUCUCCGAUGUUCUCGGCUUUCUCGUGACUGGUCUGGGUCAGAAAAUCUACAUUUGGCAACUAAGGGAUGGAGACCUGAUUGGCGUGGCCUUCAUCGACACGAACAUUUAUGUGCAUCAGAUCAUCACAGUGAAAUCUCUAAUCUUCAUUGCCGAUGUUUACAAAUCCAUCAGUUUGCUGCGCUUUCAGGAGGAAUAUCGGACCCUGUCACUCGCAUCACGCGACUUCAAUCCCCUCGAAGUCUAUGGCAUUGAGUUCAUGGUGGAUAACACCAACUUGGGCUUCCUGGUCACCGAUGCCGAGAGCAAUCUCAUUGUCUAUAUGUAUCAGCCAGAGGCUCGCGAAUCUUUGGGAGGACAGAAACUACUACGCAAAGCUGACUAUCACCUCGGUCAAGUGGUCAAUACCAUGUUCCGGGUACAGUGUCAUCAGCGGGGUCUACAUCAGCGCCAGCCCUUCUUAUACGAGAAUAAACAUUUCGUUGUCUACGGCACAUUAGAUGGAGCACUGGGAUAUUGUUUGCCACUCCCCGAGAAGGUCUAUCGCCGCUUCCUCAUGCUGCAAAACGUCCUACUCUCUUAUCAGGAUCACUUGUGUGGCCUGAAUCCCAAGGAAUAUCGCACACUGAAAUCAUCCAAGAGACUGGGCAUCAAUCCUUCACGUUGCAUCAUCGAUGGUGAUCUGAUCUGGUCCUAUCGCCUGCUAGCCAACUCAGAACGAAACGAAGUGGCCAAAAAGAUCGGCACACGUACUGAGGAGAUAUUGGCGGAUCUCUUGGAAAUAGAGCGCCUCUCUGGCGUUUUCUAGAUUCUAAUCAAUGAUGUAGCUCUUAGUUUUUAUAGUUAAGUUUACGGAUCUGUCUAUCAAUUGUAAUUAUAGUUCUUUAAUUCAAUUGUAACAAAGAAAGUAAUUUGUUAAGUAAGCAUUUUGUGCUCUUUAUUUUCCUCCAUUUGUGCGCCAACCCCUUUUGACUGAUGAUUCGCUGGAAAGAAAUUUGAUAAGUUUCCUCCCUCCAUUUGGACGACUUUUCCCAAGAAAUUUCAGUUUAGACGCUUGCUGUGUGUGUUUUUGUCUCAUUUUGCCAUUUAACAACUGGCUUUUCCAUUAUAAUAUUUAUUAUAGAUACAUAGUUAUUAUAUAUAUAUAAUAUAGAUAGUUAUAGAUGUUCUAGAUUAUUCAUUGUAUAAACUAACAUCAUCAUCAGGGUUAAUUAUUCAAAAUGUGCAAACAGCCAAACAGAAAGCCAUACUACACUUGUCGUACGAAGAAAAUACACAUUUUAAUCGAAAGAUCA